CACACUGCUGAGCAACAGCGCUUUAUUUCAGCAUGAGCUAAUCUUAUUUCUCCCUACUUACCUUUUUAUUGAUUCUUAAUUUAUCCUCUUUAAAUUUCUGCUCUCUAAGCAGCUCUUUGCGCUCUCAUUAGACACUUAUUGUUGACGGAUGAUUGCGAGGAACUACUAAUAUAAAAUAGUUGCGGUUAGGUCCGAGAUGGAUUUACAAACGCUAAAUGAUACAUCUGGGAUUUGGGCAUGCCUUCAGCUUCAGAACAGCUCGGUUCUGAACGGGACCUUAAACGGGAGUCUGGAGAUUCCCAACGGCACCUGCGGAGACGCGCUUCUGGUGCCCAAGACGGAACCGGCGCGACCCAAAGAAAUGGAUUCGCUGCGCAUACUGUUAUACGCUCUCAUAUUCCUGCUGAGUGUGUUUGGUAACCUGCUCAUCAUUGUGGUUUUGGUGGUGAAUAAGCGAAUGCGGACGGUGACCAACUCAUUCCUGCUCUCCCUGGCCAUUAGUGAUCUCAUGAUGGCUAUUUUCUGCAUGCCCUUCACUCUUAUUCCCAACCUGCUGGAGGAUUUCAUCUUUGGAGCUGCCAUGUGCAAGAUUGUGGCCUAUCUUAUGGGCGUCUCUGUCUGCAUAUCUACCUUCAGUCUAGUGGCUAUAGCCAUUGAGAGGUACAGUGCCAUUUGCAACCCGCUAAAGUCCCGAGCAUGGCAGACCCGAUCCCACGCCUACAAAGUCAUUGCUUCCACCUGGGUCCUGUCCUUCCUCAUUAUGACACCCUAUCCCAUCUUCAGCACGCUGGUGAAGUUCAUCAAGCCUAACAACAUUACAGCUCACAUGUGCCGCCAUGACUGGCCAAAGAGUGAGGUGGAGCAAGCGUGGUGCAUCCUGUUGCUAUUUGUUCUGUUCUUCAUUCCUGGAGUGGUGAUGAUCAUUGCUUAUGGACUCAUUUCUCGAGAACUCUACCGUGGAAUACAGUUUGAACUGGAGCAGAAGAAGGGACAGAGUGGAAUGAAAAAUGGUAUCAGCGCCACUGUCUUAUAUAGCAGCGAUGAUGGAGACGGCUGCUACAUCCAGGUGUCCAAGAGGCCCAACUCAAUGGAGAUGUCAGUCCUCACCCCAACAGGCUCUGCAAAGGUGGACCGACCCCGCAGCAACACAUCCGAGGCUAAACUAAUGGCCAAAAAGCGAGUGAUCCGUAUGCUCAUUGUCAUCGUGGCCAUGUUCUUUAUCUGCUGGAUGCCCCUGUACUCCGUCAAUACCUGGAAAGCGUUUGACCUUCCCUCGGCCCACAGGGCUCUUUCUGGAGCCCCCAUUUCAUUCAUCCAUCUGCUGUCCUACACAUCUGCCUGCGUCAACCCAAUCAUCUACUGUUUCAUGAACAAGCGCUUUCGAAAGGCUCUUUUCACCACCUUCUCCUGCUGCUGCUGGCCCUGCCGCAGAAGAGGCUUCAGGGAAGGUGACGAUGAGGUUACUGCUACUGGAGCAUCCAUGUCUAAGUUCAACUACACCACUGUCAGCACAAUGGGACCAUGCUGAUUCUCAGAGGACAAAGGCUGGGCAAGAAGGAGACGAACUGGAGUUGACGUUGACAUAUUCCGAGGGUUUACUUUGGUGGAAGACUUUGAUUGUUUAUCACCUACUUGCAGCAAAGCAAACCACAUGCUACAUCAACAUUGGUCAUUGUUUUAUGAUCCAUGAUUGCUCACGUUGCUACAUAUACACUAGAGACUUGUAUAAAUGUAUAUACAUAAGGUGGCAUCUAACAACUCGGUAGGGAAGGUCACACCAACCUCACCCUCUUCUGUCGAAGGUCUGUCACUUUCACUUAACAAAAAAAGACACCAAAAGACUGUCUGCGACAAUUCUUUCUGACUGAACCGGGAUGUCGUUUUGGUGUAGAAGAUUUUUUACCAUGAAUAACAAUCUGCGUUUAAGGUAGAGUUUGUGGCGUAGAGUUUGCUGAGGAAAAGUUUGGAUCAGAUGCGAGAGAGAACAAUGGCUCUUCGGAAUGAGAGGAAGCUCAUUGGUUGCCUUUAUCAACUGAGCGAUAAUUUCGAACUUGCUAGAUGUUAUCAGAGUCAGCAAGACCAUCAACUCAGCAGGAAGCAGAGUUUGUGGAGCUGUUAGCGCUCACUGAGAGACAGCUACAUUAACCGACUUGCUCAUACGACUAUGUAAAUUACUUAAAAUGGCUAGUAGAAUGCCAGCCUUACACUUUAUGUUAAAUUGUCCCUUUGUUGUAGUUUUAAGUGCCUGCAUAGUGUUUUUAAAAUCCUUUCUGAGGUCAAGGUUCAUCAGGAAAGAUUUCAUUCAUAAGAUCAGGACUCUAAAACACUGACAUAUAGCAGCUUUCCAAAGUCUGAGUCAACAGGCUUAUACUAAAAUUCCAGGCCCAUUAGAAAUACGUGCCUCUAAAUACAUUUCUGCAGCAUCGUUAUUACGUACCUUACUGCAAGUUUCGAGGCAGUUUCAAAGUGAAAUGUCCAGUGAGCGGUGCUAAAACGCGGGUUCAAUACGUGACCCUGACAACAUUUUUGUUACGUUGAUAUAUUAUGUUGCUUCAGGUACAUAAAGCAGUGGUUCAUAAUUCAAAUAUAAUUUAGCAGGGAGUGCCGCUAAACGUUAAUGCUCUAUGAUGUUGGAAAUAUCCCCUACACCAAACCCAACCCUAAACCUACCCGGUAGUGUUAACAAAUGCAAAAUUGAUAUAAAAACGGACUUGUUGAUGCAACCGUGCCAUUUGACCUUCCUUAUAUGCCGCUUUGAGCUGUUUUGUUGAACCGUAGUUUCACGGGAUUCGUACCCAAGCUCUUCACCUCUCAAGUUGAACUCCAAGCGUGAGCUACCGAACUAACCUACUGAAUAUAGAAACCCAUACAUAUGAAGCUGGAUAUGUGCUGCUAACGUUCAAAAGUUUUCAGAUGUCGCAGCAUUUUAAAAAGGUUUUGAAUUCAUAACAUGAUAUUCCUCAAAUAGUUGUGUGACAAUUAGGCUUUAUUAAUCAAAACUGUGGACCUGCAAAUCAUACUUUAUGUAAGAAGGAAUAAAAAUUGUCAGAGUUUUACUGCCUCUAGUG